GCCAGUUUGAAUAAUUCUGAGGAAUUGCCCACAAUAGAUCUGUUUCAACAGCAGCGAGUCUCAAGUGUCACAUCCACCUGAAGCGAGAGAGAAAACAAGAUGUUGGUAGUUCUUCUGCUCCUCAUGGCUGCACCAGGCCUGUGUGUUCUACGUCGGUACCAUUUCAUUUUUGACCUGAAGACUUUUACUGAAGCACAAAGUUACUGCAGAGAGAAAUACACAGACCUGGCCACUAUAGAGAGCAUGGAGGAUGUGGAGAUCCUGAACAGUAUGGCAGAAACAGCAGGAGUGUCUGCACCCUGGCUCGGGCUGUACGAUGACGAUGACUUGAUGUGGAGGUGGUCACUGUCAGACACAAGUUUCUACACACACGGGAAGGAGGAGUUCAGACAAUGGGGUGCUGGAGAACCAAGCAAUGGAGGAAGUGGAGAACACUGCACAGUGAUUGAUGGUUAUGGACAAUGGUUAGAUACCAGCUGCACAGACAACAUUCAGGCAGUCUGCUCUGAUGUCAGAGGGCUGGAUGUGACAUUUGUCCUCACUGACGACUCAAUGACCUGGACUGAGGCCCAGAGCUACUGCAGAGAACACCACACAGACCUGGCCAGUGUGAGAGACAUGACAGAGAACCAGAAGGUCCAGGAGCUGGUUCCAGCAGGAGGAUAUGUCUGGAUCGGCCUGUUCAGAGACUCCUGGAAGUGGUCCGAUGGAAGUAGCUCCUCCUUCAGAUACUGGAUAGCAGGGCAACCUAACAGUGACAAUCAGGAUUGUGCAGCAGCAGAUUUCACAUCCUCUGGAGGAUGGUGGGACGGGAACUGUGAACAGAAGUAUCCAUUCAUCUGCUACAGUCAAGUCACUUCAAAGCUAGUGAUCAGACUGAGGCUGCAGAGGAAGAGCUCCUCUCUGGAUCUGAAUGACCCUGCUGUGAUGGAGGCAAUGCUGAAGCAGCUCCAACAGAAGCUGAAGGACCAGGGGCUGAAUGACGACGUCAGACUGAGCUUUAGGAAGCAGUCAGAUGGAAAAGUCUUCCACAAGGAGAAGAAGAAGACGGGGAGCAGAAAGGACGAGCUUUAAUUUAGAUUUGCUUUUAAUCAGAGAAAAGUGUGUUUCUUUCCUCAGAGUCCUCGUGUGAUGUGUGGGAAUAGAGCUGCAACAAUUAGCAGAUGAAUUGACUCGUUGCAGCUGUUUUUAUAAUCAAAUCACCAUUUUAGUCAUUUUACAAGCUUGAAUGUCAAAUAUCUGCUGGUUCCAAUUCUCCAAUUUAAAGAUUUAAUGAUUUUAUUGGUCAUAUAUGAUCAUAAACUUAUAUUUUCUUAUAUUUAAACGUGUUGGUUUAUUGAAACAAGACAUUUGAAUUCAUGUGUUUGUGCUGUGGGGAUUUAUAACAGAUAGUUUUCACUAUUUUCUGACAUUUCAUGGAUAAGAUUAAUAAGAUUAGAUGACACAGAUUAUUUAUGAUGAGAUAAGUGUGAAGUGGUGUGGAUGGUCUGUUUAUCUGCUUCCUUUUCAUGGUUUUGGUUUGCGUAGGUUGGUUUAAAUAACACCAGAGGGCGACAGUGAGAGCAGAUUGAGGAGAGAGAGAGAUCUAAUUAGUAUCACCUAAUUAGUAUCGGAGACGCCACUGCUGUCUACUUUGAUUCGUGUGAUUAUUUUUGUGAGAAACCUGUAGAGUUUAAUUAUUCCUCAUGCUGUAGGCCAUUUUGAGUUUGUGGGGUAUAAAUGUUGACCAUAUUCAUAAGGUAAUCUGAGUUGUGGAUUAAGUCGUGAAAUGACAUUAGGAGCAUUGUUUGUCUCACAAUUUACAUUGAUGAUUUCAGGUGACGAGGUAUUGUAAAAUGAAGUUUGUUUGCUGGAAAUAUUUUUAUUAGAUCUGGAGUGAUUGGUAGAAAUGAUUUAUUGUUGAAGUUUGAUUUAAAUUAGAUUCUUAGUUUAAAAAUUGGAUUAAAACUAAUUUCAGAGGUGGUAAAAAUGCAUAAAGUAAUGUUGUGAAAAUGUAUGAUGAAAUAACAAAAUAAUGUCUGCAAGGAAGUUAAUACAUUUCUUUAAUUUGCAAAUUGUUGGUUUAUUUAUAUUGGUCACAGUUUACUUGUGUGAUGAUUUUUUUGGUAUUUUCUUUAGCAUGGAGAUAAUAGAGAACACUUUAUAUAAUACUGCUGAUUUUAACAAUAAAUGGCCUCUGUGAUCUAUAAUCUUUUGUAAAGUUUAAUUUUGUGG